CACAGGAGAACCCAUCCAUGCCAUGGUGGAUUUUGCGUCCGGUGUUUUGUUUUCUUUAAUGCCGUCGUCUUCGUCUUGAAUAGGCGUUCUUUCUUUUGCAUCUUUGACUGCAAACGUUUGUUUCGUCAUCAUGGCUGGCUUCGCCCAUUGCCCUUUGCCUAUCUGGCGGACCGACGACUUUACAAAAUGUUUCAUACGAGACUAUCUCAAAACACUAUUCCCACUGACCCUUAUCGCGCUUUCCAUCCUUCAGAUAGCCUGGUUUAACAUUCGACGCUCAAUUGGCGACCGAAAGAGCGCUGCGUACGCCCAGAUUGGCAGAGAUGCUAGUGCUGUUGCUGCCACCGAGAUCCCCCCCAGCCCAAUCGAUUCCGAGUUUAACGAGUCCGAGGAUUUAGAAAUCAACACCGGAGGCCGCCUGGUUCUGGCCAAAACAACAUCACGCGGCUCCAUUGUUCAGGCUGAUACUCCUCCUGGCCAGCGAGCCUGGGAGAUCGUCGAGGAGCUUGCCAUUGCGGCCUUGGUCGGCACCAAUGCCGUGGCUCUUGUGACUGGUACCUACGGCAAUGGUGGCCAUAUGCCUGCCAUUGCUGGCCUCAUCUCCUGGAUGUAUGCUCUGCUUCUGUGCUCUCUACGACUGUUCUUGGGCCAGUCCAAGUGGCGGGUACCACACCUCUGGAACCAUACGGCCAUGAUCUAUGCCGUCAAUUGGUUUCUGCUUGUUGUUGUCCUCCGAUCCGCCAUCAUCCACCCCAGCUCGACCUUGACAGAAACUAUUGCCAUUGGCGAAUUUGCUCUGGUUACUCUGCUGUUUGGCAUUGCGCUCACCACACGAAAGGGCAACAAGACGGUCCUUAUGGAAUGGGAGAAUGGCCUAGAGCCGUCUCGCGAGCCCCUCGCGAGCAUGUUCUCCAUCCUCACUUUUAGCUGGGUUGACCGCAUCAUUUGGCAGGGCUGGCAACAGCCCCUUGAAAUUGGUGACGUCUGGAAUUUGGUGCCAAAGGAUAAGGCUGCCCAUGUCUUGUCCGACUUCCGCGCUCGCGAGACCUCUUCGUCGCUGGUUUGGCGAAUCUUUCGCUACUUUAAGUGGGAAAUUACCCUCCAGUGCUUGUUUGGUGGUAUCGCUGGUAUCUUUACCUUUGCCCCAACUCUUCUUGUGAAGAAGAUUCUUGAAUACGUCGAACAUCCUGAUGCUGCCCCCAGAAACGUCAUUUGGUUGCUCGUCAUCAUGCUCCCAGUGUUUGACAUUGUCCGAUCGCUCGCUGAAAAUAUGAACUUGUGGAUUGGCCGCAAAGUCUGUAUUCGUGUCCGAGCUAUUGCAAUUGGUGAAAUCUACGCCAAAUCCCUUCGUCGGAAAGCCGCUACCACUAAGGCCAAUGCCCCAGAAACUCAAGAGGAGGCUACCGUCGCAAAUGCGGCCUCACCAAGCUUUUUCGACAAGCUAAAGAGCAUGCUUGGCAUCAAGCUUGCAGCUCCGGAUGAUGCGUCCGCAACUAAAGACACGGCAGCCCCAGUGUCGAGCGACGAUGAUGAGGCAGAUGAUGAACAGGCCAAUGUUGGAACCAUAAUCAACCUCAUGUCUGUGGAUACUUACAAAAUCGGAGAACUCACUGCUUAUCUACCUGGUACAGUUGCUGCUGGCCCAAUUCAGUUGAUCGUGUCAAUUACUUUGCUCUGGAACGUUAUGGGCAUUAGUGCUGUACCAGCUCUGUUCGUCAUGGCCCUACUUAUUCCUAUCCAAUACACCAUCGCCCAAGCGUUUAACUACGCCUUUGACAGGGUCAUGGCAGCAACCGACAAGCGUAUCAACAUUACGAAUGAAGUCCUGCAAAACAUCCGUGUCAUCAAGUACUUUGCUUGGGAGAAGCGCUUCGGUUUCAUGAUUGACGAGAAGCGAGAAAAAGAACUCAAGGCACUUCGCUCACGAUAUGGGUUGCUUCUCAUCUCCAUUGGUGUGUACAACGCCGUACCAAUUCUAAUCACCUUCUUCUCGUUCUUGAUUUAUACCUUGGUCGAGAAGAAGCCCCUUGUACCAUCUGUCGCCUUUACUGCCAUUUCUCUCUUCAUGUUACUGCGUAUGCCCCUCGAUCUUUUUGGCGAGAUGUUUUCCCAUGUUCAGGAAUCUCUUGUCUCUCUACGUCGUGUAGAUGACUUUCUUAAUGAAGAAGAAACGGAGAAGUACGAUCAACUGGGUACGGACAAUUACGAUGAAAAUGGUGUCAAGACCAUUGGCUUCAAGGAUGCCACAUUAGCAUGGGGCUCAAAAGAUGCCGUUGCAGACGAUGGUACCAAGGCGUUCCGAUUGCUUGACCUCAACCUUAGCUUCAAGCUCGGCAAAAUCAACAUCAUUGCUGGCGCUACAGGAUCUGGCAAGACAUCCAUGCUCAUGGGACUCUUGGGCGAGAUGACCCGUAUUAGCGGCCGUGUAUAUUGCCCUGGCGGUUCCAGCCGCGAAGACAUUCGAGCUGACCCCGAGACUGGCCUUGCCGACACAAUUGCCUAUGUUGCUCAAAGCGCCUGGCUCAUCAACGAUAGCAUUCGAAACAACAUUACAUUCGCCGCACCAUUUGAUGAGAAACGAUACUGGGAUGUCAUUCGCGUUUGUGCCUUGGAGCGCGAUCUCGAAAUUCUCGAGCAUCGUGAUGACACUCUUGUUGGAGAAAAGGGUAUUGCUUUAUCUGGCGGACAGAAGCAGCGUAUUUCACUUGCCCGCGCUGUCUACUCCAGCUCUGCACACAUCCUCAUGGACGACUGCCUUAGUGCCGUUGACCCGCAUACAGCCCACUGGAUCUACCAGCAAUGCAUUCGCGGCCCGCUGAUGACCGAUCGUACCUGCAUUCUCGUUACACACAACACGCAACUUUGUGUUCCCUCAGCCGACUACGUCGUCGUUCUUGACAAUGGACGCGUUGCUAUCGAAGGCUCCCCUGCUGAAGUUAUUGAAUCUGGAAAACUUGGCAAGGAUAUCCAGUUGGCUUUCAAGAAGGACAGCGUUUCCGCCAACCCAUCCCACGUGCCGUCUCGAGUUCCGUCCGAUGUUGGUCAGGAAGACGAAGAAGCAGAUGGCAACGAUGAUAUCAAAAACCGCCUCGCAAAGACAACGAGCAAGGUGCAAGCGAACCCCAUGGACGAAGGUGUCGCCACUGGCGCCGUGAAAUGGCCCGUCAUGAAGCUAUACCUCACGUCUAUGGGUUCAAGGUGGUACUGGAUUGCCACCGUCGUCGUCUUUCUGCUACAGCAGCUGGCUCCCAUGGCCACAAACUUCUGGGUACGAGCAUGGGCUAAUCAAUAUGUCGCUGGAGCCGGGAAUAGCGUCAAUAUUAACUCAUCACCUCCUACAUGGUACACACAAAUGCACCCCAAGGCAGCCUGGGCUACCAUUGCCAACUUGGCUAACAUUCAACGUCCUACUACCGGAGCAAUGAAAAUUCAGGCCCCAGGCGCAGCUACUGCUUUCGAUUCAAAAGAUGGUGUUGACGAUCUGUACUACAUCACUGGUCUUGCUAUUAUUGGUGUAUUUGGUGCCUUAACUGUAUUCAUGCGAGAUAUCUGGAUGUUCUUUGGCUCUCUCACUGCCUCGCGCCGCCUCCACAAUCGCCUGAUGGCCGCUGUCAUGGGUGCCCAAUUCAAGUUCUUUGAUGUAACCCCUCUCGGCCAGUUGAUGAACAGAUUCAGCAAGGACUUGGAAGCUGUCGAUCAGGACAUCGCGUUUGCAGCCAGCGGCUUCAUCGGAUGCAUUUUCGGCAUGUUCACAACCAUUACUUUGAUCGCCUUCAUUACUCCUGGUUUCUUGAUUCCCGCAUUCUUUAUUUCAAUUGCCUUUUAUUACUUGACCAUCUUCUAUCUUGGUGCUUCGCGCGACCUGAAGCGUCUUGAAUCCGUCCAGCGAACUCCUGUGUUCCAACAGUUUGGCGAGACAUUGGCCGGUAUUACUACGAUCCGAGCCUAUGGUGAUCAGCGCCGUUUCAUUCGCGAUAACUUGACAAAGGUCAACGCUGCCAAUCGACCCUUUAUCUACAUGUGGUCAACGAACAGAUGGCUUGCAGUCCGUGCUGACUUCCUGGGCCAGACUGUCACAUUUUUCGCGGGCAUGUUCAUCAUUCUCAGUCUUGGCAAGAUUGACUCUGGUGCAGCCGGUAUUUCGCUGAGCUACGCCAUGACAUUCAUGGAGAACGUGUUGUGGUUCAUUCGUCUCUAUGGCCAAAACGAACAGAACAUGAAUUCUAUGGAGCGUGUGAAGGAAUACCUCGAGAUUGACCAAGAAGCGGCAGCCGUCAUUGAAGAUAAUAGACCUCCAGCUACCUGGCCAGAAGGCGGAAGGGUCGAAUUUGAAAAUUACACGACACGGUACCGCGCCGAUCUGGACCCCGUAUUGCGCAACGUAUCUGUUAUGAUUCAGCCCAAAGAAAAGGUUGGAAUCGUGGGUCGAACCGGUGCUGGUAAGAGUUCACUAACACUAGCCCUCUUCCGCGCUCUUGAGGCCGUAUCUGGCAAGAUUGUCAUUGACGGCAUUGAUAUUUCCAAAAUUGGCCUCCAGGAUCUGCGAGAGAAGAUUACGAUUGUCCCCCAGGAUCCUACGCUAUUUAUCGGAACCAUCCGCAGCAAUUUGGAUCCCUUUGACCAGUUUUCAGAUGCUGAAGUAUUUGAGGCGCUGCGUCGCGUACACCUGAUUGCCAAGGAAGAAAUGAACCCAGCUAUUCCUAUCGCGGAAAGUUCGUCUUCUGAUGAACAGGUUGCCACGAACAAGAACAUCUUUCUUGACCUAUCUUUUGCCGUGACCGAGUCGGGCGGUAACUUGUCCCAAGGCCAGCGUCAACUUCUUUGCCUCGCGCGUGCCAUGCUCAAGAUGCCCAAAGUUCUGGUUAUGGAUGAGGCUACCGCCUCUAUUGACUAUAACACGGAUGCCAAGAUUCAGGAGACGAUCCGUGAGAUGACUGGCACUGUCAUUACCAUUGCCCAUCGCUUGCAGACAAUUGUUGAUUAUGACAAGGUUCUGGUGCUCGAUAAGGGUGAGCUGGUGGAAUUUGCGCACCCGUGGGAGCUGAUCCAGGAUGAGAAGUCCCAGUUCCACGGCAUGUGUGCGUCGAGCGGCAAUAUGGAUAUAUUGAUGACUGCAGCAAAGAAGAAGUGGGAUGAGAGCCACUAGGGUUUGUAUAAAAGGAAAAAAACGUCUUGUCACUUGUCACACAUAUAUGACCAUAUAAAAGUUUGCUACUUACCAUAUGUUGGAUAUUCGCAUAUAUGUACCUUUUUUUGUUAUUUCAUAGUAAUAUAUUGGCCCUUGACCCUAAUGCGCUUUGACAGCUGCGGAUCCCCUCAGCUUUCAAACGAGGCUGUGGCGGAUAGAUUUCUUCGGCAUGGCGUUUUCUCCCAUCUGAC